UGCUCGCCGAUGAUUACAAUGUAUGCUCGAUUUUACUCGAGGUCAGAGUACGUACAACGUUUCGAGUGUGUACGAUUCUUCUGUAAUUUCGUUUCAAAGAUUUCUGAUCGGUUUUAUGUAUCUCAGAAACUCUAAUUAUGGAACAUUGUAAAAAAGAUCUUGCAAAAAUUCCUUUCAUUAUACCUGACGUAAUUUCUAAAAUGAUAUUCAUCCAACAACAUGGUACCUGUCGUGGAUUAACUGCUGAAGAUGUUCUGAUUAGUCAGGUAGAUUAAAUAUGAAUUUUCGUAAAGAUUUUUCCCGCGGUAAUAUGGUUCCAGGUGGUUCGUAAACUAAUUUUCUGGUGCAAUACAAAAUGCUUGGUGAAACCUGCUGCGAGUGCAUUAUUAAAAUCGGCGCAUGUGUCAUUGUUAUGUUUAUUGCGCGAGACACGAUCGAUUCGUCCUUGGGAAAAGGUAUACAACCGUUGAGAAAAGCAAACUUUAGUUGCCCAAUCAUGCUUAUCCAGGGAAUCCAAAAACGGGAAGAUUGUUCCUUGCGUUGGUAGAUAGAUCGAAAUAUACUCAUUUUCAUACAGUAGCAGAAUCACUUAUUAGCACGUGCAAUAACAAUAAUUUUGUAAGGUAGCCAUUGUUAAUUUCACACAGAAGCAAGUUAACAUGUACGCGUUAUUUUGAAAUAGGGUCGAAUAUACGCUGUACUCGUUCGUAUAGACUGUCUAACGUAUCGCGCAAACAAAAGUGCUUGGCGAUAAUGGGAAGCACAAAAAGACUUCAUAGAUAUAAAAAGUAUGGCAACGGUAGACCAGAGUUCGACCGAGAUUAGAAAAUUUACAAAAUGAAGAGAAUUACAGCUCUCAACGAGCAACGAAUUAUCUAUUUUGUCCAAGUAUCGUAAGAUCGACUUGCGAUUGGUCGGAUCGCCGAGGAGCACGAACGUCGUUGCGAAUCAGUCUUCAUCCGGCGUAAACUUAACAACGCGUUCGACGUGAUCGAUUCGAAUCGACAGUUGUUGAUCGCCUCACAGUUCGUUUACGUCCUCGUCCUGUUUGCGCUGUUUUUCAUUGCGUGCCGAAUGAUUCUCUUAACGUCGACGGUAACGUGUGCGUUCGCGGUGCUGUUAUAGUGAUCAGUGCAAUAAAUAUAAAAGGAAAUAAUAUAAAGCAUCGGUAACAAAGUAGCAAUAAAUAUAGAGGCUCGAGUCUCCCGAUCGAACUCUGAAAAACACAUCGACACCGACCGUUUCCACAAAAUUUGAAUCAACAGAGGCGUGACGUUACUCGCGAGGAAAACAUCCACGAUCAUGUCGUCGGCUAGUUCGGACUCCACCGAUUCCUUCAAGCUGUUUUUCUCAGACACGGAGACUCCAGAUCGUGCGAGUCUUUCGAGAAUCAAAAAGGAUGUGAGCCCAGCGGUGCAAGCGCUGAUCCAAAGGCUGAAAAGCCUCAACCUGGAGACGCCUCAGCCUCCUAGAGUGCCAGCCUGCACCCCAGCGAGCAGUUCUCCGCCUCGUUGCGGCCUAGAGACGACCCCAGAUCAACAAAGCACCCGCGAUCAAUUCGAUCCUCCAUGUAGCGGGAUAAGCAGACUGCGACGCGCGUUGGAGCUGCGAUUCAACACUUGUCUAAGCAGCUCGCAGAAAAAAAUACCUAGUCCGCACGCGAGGAGGCGCAGCUUCGACACUAGCAUGUUGAGGUCGAUGCUUGCUAGGGAGCAUCAGCGUCGAGAAAUCUCGCCUCUCGACUCCGAGGACACCGAGGAAGCGCCAGCGAACAGGAUCAGCCCGAUUUUCAAUCGUUCGAUCGGCAGGAAGAGAAUCAGCCUCCUCAACAGCUCCAUCCAACCUCUGUCUAUCUCGUCUCCUCUGCAAGAUGACGAUUCGUUGCAGGCAAUCCCUGAUUCGCCUGUCGAGCAACAGGACGCUUCCGUGGAGAACGACGAUGUCUCGCUGCUGGAACAGAGCUUGUACGAGGUGUCAGAGGUGUUUUUCAUGCUGAAGAAGGUGAACAAGAACACUGGUCGCUCGAGGAAACGUCCAAUUUUGACGAGGACGGAUGUGAAGGGCGUGGACAUCUUCAAGGAGGCUAUUGACGUCAGUUUGGGGCAGCUCGUGACCCCUGAGCAGAAGGAAUUCAUUCUCGAGAGCUACAUGCAGACCUGGGACGCUGAUUCGUCCCAGUCUGGUCUCGCAAAAGUCGGUGAGGACGCGUUGGAGUGCACAGAGUACAACAACAACAUUGAUAAAUUCGGCAAAUCUAGCAUCGAUGAUACCAACGACACUUUCGUCACCUGCCAGUACGCUGGUAGCACCGAUUGCUCGCAGGUGGAGUUUGAGAAGACAGAGGAGAGACAAGGUGAAGGCAACACGAAGGAAAAAGAAGCAGAAGGGAAAUCUGAGACCGACUUUGAGCAAACCUCCUUGCACGCACAUUUUCAACAUCUUCUGAACAAAUGGCGCGGGAUAUGCGACAAGAAGAACCAAAGUUCUUGGACGUCUGAGAACGGUAACACUAGGAAGAAGAGUUACUCCGAAUCUGAUGCUUCAGACACCAAUAUCGGGACCAAAGAGGAUUGUUUUUCUUCUGAGGAUUCCAGAGGGGACAGACCAAGGUCGUCGUCAGUCAUGAUAUUUGGCGUUAGAGUAUCGGAGAACUUGGUACACGAAGAGUCAGGGAUUCAGCUCAAGGAUGGUCGACCCGAGGGAUGUGGAAAUGUUUCGUUGCCAGCGCUGGAUGUUGUAGAAACGAGUCCUGAUCCUGAAGUAGGUAGCAAGAGUAGUCAACCCUCGGUCAGCCCUGCUGUGAUUUUUCCCACGGAAGAAAUCAUAAGAAAUCACAACGACUUGCAGAGCUUGGACGAUUCGGUCAGGUCCGUCGCCAGCUCAACAGUCGCCAACUUGAUCGAUUUCUCGAUGGACAUCGGGGAUACCUCCUUCGAAAACGUGAAUUAUAAACACCUUCCAAUGACCGAAGUCUCACCUCUGCACGUCAAGUUCCACUUUCGGGACACAUGGAACUUGAAGAGCGAUGACCAAAGUUCUUCGUCACUGAUCGGCAGGAAGAAGUAUCGCUCCGAAUCAGAAGUCUCGAUCACGAGUCCCACCGAUAUAGACAUCUCGCCAAUCGAGCACGUAGACAGGUCAAAGUCCAUGUCAUCUAUCGGUGCUUCGCGUGGGAGACUAGUAAACGAAGAAUCACCAACCGACCUAAACGAUGAAGAGUCUGGAAACGUUUGGGAGGACGCGUCGUUGGACGUUUGGACGAAAGUGGAUCUUGAUCAGGAUAGCCAGUGUAUGAACAAGUCUUUCAUCAUCAUGGAAAAAUCGAAUAUCGACGACACUCUUAGCGAAGUCGCUGGUUCCAAGCAGGGUAUUCGCAACGAUGGGUUCAUCGUGGACGAUUCUUACAUGUCCAUCGAGAGUCCCGUCGUCGGUAGCAGAUUAGUAGAUCUUAGGACGAAACAUUCGAACCCGUCUUCUGGAUCAGGCAGCUGCAACAACGAACUCACCUUGUACGACUCGCACAUGUCCAUCGCGAGUCCUAUCGUCGGGGGCAGGUUAGUAGAUCGUGGGACGAAACAUUCGAACCCGUCUUCUGGAUCAGGCAGCUGCAACAACGAACUCACCUCCUACGACUCGCACAUGUCCAUCGAGAGCUCCACCAUCGGUGGCAGGUUGCCCAAUCCUUCGAUGGACUUUGGAGACUACUCCUGCGAGUCUGAGGAUAGCAAGAAGUCCUUCGGCAACUUAGAGGAGCUGUCUGGACAGUCUGAGUCAACGAAGUCUCAAACUCGGUAUGGUUCGAAGACUGAGAGCGAAGAAGUGGAGGACGAAAUGGAGGAAGACGAUGUCUUCGAGGAGGACCAAAACGACGUUCGUCAGAAGAAUGCCGCGAAGUUUCGCGAGUUCCUGCGGAAACUGGCCUCCAGGGAGAAGUGCUCGCAGAGUCCUGUCGCGGAGGAGUCUCGAAGGUUGGACAGGAAGCCACAGGACGCCAAGAAGAAGGCCAAGCCUGAUGUCAGACGCAGACCAGAUGUCCUCUUCCCACCAUCGCACAAAUUGACAGUGGCAGAGGUGUUCGACGCGCGGACAGAUCGGCCGCGGCCGGAAGUCCUCAAACAACACUUUAUCCUCGAAGGUAGGAUCGACGAAGCGGCGGCCCUUCGUAUAGUCAAUGAUGGGGCCGCCCUGCUGCGCUCGGAGAAGACCAUGAUCGAUAUCGAAGCUCCAGUCACCGUAUGUGGCGACAUUCACGGGCAGUUCUACGACCUGAUGAAAUUAUUCGAGGUGGGCGGUCCGCCCUCCUCGACAAAGUAUCUCUUCCUCGGCGACUACGUAGACAGGGGUUAUUUCAGUAUCGAGUGCGUAUUGUACCUGUGGGCACUAAAACUGUGCCAUCCAACCACACUCUUCCUCCUCAGAGGUAACCACGAGUGCCGUCAUCUCACGGAAUACUUCACAUUUAAGCAAGAAUGUAAAAUAAAAUACUCGGAGAGGGUGUACGACGCGUGUAUGGACGCCUUCGACUGUCUGCCGCUCGCCGCCCUCAUGAACCAUCAGUUCCUCUGCGUGCACGGUGGACUCUCGCCAGAAAUUCACAAUCUAGAAGACAUACGCAAAUUGGACAGGUUCAAAGAACCUCCCGCGUUCGGACCCAUGUGCGAUCUCCUGUGGUCGGAUCCUCUGGAGGACUUCGGGAACGAGAAGAACGCGGAGCACUUCUCCCACAAUAGCGUCAGGGGUUGUUCCUACUUUUACAGUUACGCGGCGUGCUGCGACUUUCUGCAGAACAACAACCUCCUCAGCAUCAUAAGGGCACACGAGGCGCAGGAUGCAGGGUACCGUAUGUACCGAAAAUCCCAGACGACGGGCUUCCCAUCGCUAAUUACUAUCUUCAGCGCGCCCAACUACCUCGACGUUUACAACAACAAGGCGGCCGUGCUGAAGUACGAGAACAACGUCAUGAACAUCAGGCAGUUCAACUGUUCGCCCCAUCCCUAUUGGCUGCCCAACUUCAUGGAUGUUUUCACGUGGUCUCUCCCGUUUGUAGGUGAAAAGGUCACAGAGAUGUUGGUGAACGUGCUGAACAUCUGCUCGGACGACGAGCUUAUGAGCGACGGCGACGACGGGCUCGAAGAAGUCGCAGCCAAAGUCGUUGUCCAAAAAAAGAAUGGUGCAGCAGCCAAUCUACGCAAGGAGGUAAUCAGAAACAAGAUCAGAGCCAUUGGCAAGAUGGCGCGCGUCUUCUCCGUCCUCAGGGAGGAGAGCGAGAGCGUGUUACAGCUGAAGGGUCUGACACCGACUGGGGCACUACCACUUGGCGCGUUAUCUGGUGGCAAGACGUCCCUAAAAAACGCUCUCCAAGGCUUCUCGCCGAACCACAAAAUCACUUCGUUCGCAGAGGCAAAGGGUCUGGACGCCAUAAACGAAAGGAUGCCGCCAAGAAAGGACGCCCCGCCCACGCCGGUAAACGAGGAGAAGCCCGUGAUAAAGCCGCCGACUCCUGCGGGAGACAAGCGAGACCACACACCGCAACCGCAAUCGUGAGCCUCACACUCGUCCAAUCAAGGUGGCAAGGAUGGGUCGUAAGAUCCAAGUGCUGUCGCCGCCGCCACCACCGUAAGAUCCAAACCAUUGCUCGUCUCUCCCCCCCGGUUGUUAUCACUAGCGCGCUGUUUGUCGAGCCAGGAAGGAAUCGUCGCGGCCGCGAGGAAGACCUCGAACGCGGAGAGGACUGCCACGCUCGUCGACGCGAGAACCACGGGUGUCGUCGCUACUGCACCCACAGGUCGUGUCUCAGAGCAGCGGGCAGACGCUGCGAGGGAUGUCCACGCCGACGAUGGAGACGGUCCACGGGUCUGACCCCGUUUUGCGCGCGAUUCGCGCGUCGUUGCAGCUCGCGUCCUAAACGGGGAGUGUUCGUCUCGCGGGAGGUUCUGCGCGAUCGUCGUGCCCUCGUCUCCUUUGUCCUCUUUCUCCCGUCGGACGACGACGACGACCACGAUCCCUGUUCGCGUUGGAUCGAAAUUUAGAGAACGAUAGCUUGGGAACAAUGACGACGGAGGAGGGACGAAUCGAGCGCUGCGAUCUCCGUGUGUACGCGCACCUAUUGGUGGACAGACUCGGGUUCCAGAAGAGUUUGGGGCUCGCUCAGGCUGUCAACUUUCCCUUGGAUGAGAGUUUGCUUGAGGAUCUUUACUAGAACCAGGACCUUUUAACAUCUGGGUCUCCAGACCUCUCCCAUCUGGUUUAUACCGGAAGGUUAAUGGCAUGAGCGAGCCCAUAAGAAUUGCAAUUUUAAUGAGGAAUUUUUAGGGAGAAUAGGGACGUCCUAUCGAGUAGAUUCACACUAUAUAAAAAUAUGAUUUUAUUCGUUCUAUUUUUACGAUCUUAAUUCAAAUUUGUUACGAUCUGUGAUAUUCCCUGUAAAUGGAGAUCAAUUUGGAAAAAUAUUUUUUAGAGUUGCACAGCAGAACAAGCUCCACUUCUGUUGCCAUGUAUCAAGCAUAUUCCAACGUUUUACACAAAGCAACAGAAAGGUGGGACUCUGCAGAGCCACAACGAAAUGGCGCCACAGGAGAUCGAUCUCUCCUACAGUGGCGCCAAGACAAACGAGCUAAGAGUCUUCAUUCCGGUGGGACCUCUUGCAGAGAGUAGGUAUCAUAACCGAUCAUUAUGCGCGCGUAGACACGGAGCAAGGGCAAAAGGGAAGAGGGUCGCGUGUAAGUCG